ACAUACAGGUGUAGCUGCUAGGGUCCUGAGGAGAUGCCACUGAGGUUCCGGUCUAUUGUCCCGUACACGCUGCCUGGAGUGCUGGCGCUUAUAGGCUGGUGGUGGUACAUCUCACGCAAGAAAGAGCGAAUCGCCAACCACGACAGCGAGGAGGGGGCAGCGGCCAUGGGGCUGCUGGUGUCCCCGGCCCCCAGUGAUGGCAGCAACGGCCUGGUAGAGAAAGGGACAGUGUCCCUCUGCGCCACAGCCACUACCCCCACAACCAGCAGCAGCUGCAGCGAGAGAACAGCCAGCAGCAGAGUCCGACCACCCAAGGCCAAAGGGCAACGGUCAACAGAACAGGAGGUAGUAGCACAGAUUCACAUCCCAGCCACUAAGGCCCAGGCAGUAGAGGUACAGAGUACAUCCUGUUCACCAACAGAGAGGCUAGAUGCCUCCCACCACCCAGACAGAGCCAACGCAGUCGCAGACCCUGGUGUAGAUAGGUGCCAACAGACACCCAGGAGCAGUUCUUCUCCCACAGCCUCAACCUUACCAACACAGACCAGGAAGGAGAGCUCGGCUCCCCAGGGAGAACACGGGGCCACUGGACAGAGCCCGCCAGCCGGCAAUGCCUUUGUUACAAAGCCAGUGAAAUCAACGGUUACCGAGCAGGUCACGGCUCCAGUGAAGGAGGCCAUCGCCACAACAUCAGAAGCACUUGUACUCUCCCGGACGUCCCACGCCACAACUAGUUCCUCCACAGCAGCAGACCUGACGAAUGCAGAGAGGCCCGAGCCAGAGGGAGAGGUAGCAGCAGUGACCUUCACCCAGAACCUGCAAGUGGAGCUGGUGGCUAAAGAUGCCCUCCCGGUCCCCACCAGCAGUACCAAAGAUGAGCUGCUCUCCUCGCAUGCCGUCCCAGCUGAGACGCCGGCCCAGGCCCUGAAAGUAGUCACACAUGAGCCCCUCUUCCCAGAGACCCCCACAUCAUCGCAGGGCUCCUACCAUGCUGUUGUGACUAGUACUCCGGCCUUCCCGGCCCAAGACCCCCAGCAGGAGAACUGGGCCCCCAGCAGCAGUGAGGAGCUGGAGUACCUGGCAGCAGGUCUGAUCACUGAGGUCAUCUGGGCAGCCACCCAGGAGGUCCUCAGUGUUACCUCCUGUCCAGAGACCUGGCUCGGCCAAUCCACCGCCGAGCCCUGCUGCAGAAGCACCCCGCUGGCCAAUGGGAGGCCAUGCUCUGAGCAAAAGCCACUCAUAAGGAACAUGGAGGAAGGGCCCUCCCCAAUAAGCCACUCCGAGACGGAGUGGAGAGCGCAGCAGAAAGAAGGGAUGCCUAACGGUUGCCCGCCCGCCACGGCAUGGGAGCCAAUGGGGACAGAGAAGGCACUGAAUAACCCCUGGUCAACAGCAGCGUCCUUGCAGGAGGGGAGGCAAGAGGCCAGCGGCGGACCUAGAAACCUGGACAAACUGAAGGGAGACGAGGGGGUGAUGGUGGCAGAGGACUCAGCCUGCAGUACGUGUCACUCUGAGGAUGGGGUCAGCAGUGAGGACCAGCAGAGCAGGGAGAGCCGAGAGGAUCUGAUCCAGGUGUCAGGGAUGUCUGAGGGAGAGGGUGGGCUGCGCCAGGCCUCAGAAGAGGUAGUGGCAGAGGUGAUGGCAGCCUUACCAGGCCACGUGCUUGGGGCUGUUGGCGAAGUGAAGAGGCUCAAUGGCAUGGGUCUGAGGAACGGUUCUCACGGGAUGAGUGAGACUGAGACCGAUCAGUCUGGAGGUAGGACUACAGACCACACCACACCCUGUAGUGGAGUCGGGCUCAUAGCACACCCCAGCACUGAUCUACACAUGGCUCCCCUAAAUUGCUCAAAUUCCCAAACAGCGUGUGAUUUGAGGCUCAGAACACACACACUCAUGGACACUUUUCUGUCGUAAGGCCUUUUAUUUUUCUCCAGACAUGGGGGCAAACUGAGUGCAGAACAAGAGCGCCUUCUGUGUCAUCACAGAGAGCCCUUUGUUAAACAUUAGAUUUACAUCUAGCAACAUUAAAAAGCUGAGUGAAAUGUUUGAUUGCAUGGACUAAGUGUUAAUCAUUUGGAAAGUCACCAGCUUUGGUCUUAGAUCUGGCAAAAUAACACUAUUCAGAAGUAGGCACGUGUGUGUGAAUUGGGGGUAGGGUAUUGAACUGUCUCUGCUUCUGUGCUGUAGCUUUCCAAUUUCAGCUAAAGAGAUCGCCAAAUAGGAGCUGUAAGAGUAAAUGACUGAAGUGGGCCAAACAAGUUGCCCAUCUAAGAAAUGUUUGCAGAAUCAUAUUGUGACUAUUAGCUAGUCUGCCACCAGCAAAGAAAAGCGUUCAGUUGAGGUGAUAAUAUUCUCAGCUAAAUGUUCUUUGCUGGUGGCUAGUUACCCAUCAUAGUGUAGGAUGAAGUUAGUCCUUUGAUGCUCUUCUACUAGAUACCACCCCGAGGCUAUAGGGACUGUAGCUGUGUUUGUACUAGAUACCACCCCGAGGCUAUAGGGACUGUAGCUGUGUUUGUACUAGAUACCACCCCGAGGCUAUAGGGACUGUAGCUGUGUUUGUACUAGAUACCACCCCGAGGCUAUAGGGACUGUAGCGUGUUUGUACUAGAUACCACCCCGAGGCUAUAGGACUGUAGCUGUGUUUGUACUAGAUACCACCCCGAGGCUAUAGGGACUGUAGCUGUGUUUGUACCAGAUACCACCCCGAGGCUAUAGGGACUGUAGCUGUGUUUGUACCAGAUACCACCCCGAGGCUAUAGGGACUGUAGCUGUGUUGUACCAGAUACCCACCCCGAGGCUAUAGGGACUGUAGCUGUGUUUGUACCAGAUACCACCCCGAGGCUAUAGGGACUGUAGCUGUGUUUGUACUAGAUACCACCCUGAGGCUAUAGGGACUGUAGCUGUGUUUGUACUAGAUACCACCCUAAGGCUAUAGGGACUGUAGCUGUGUUUGUACUAGAUACCACCCCUAGAUACCACCCCGAGGCUAUAGGGACUGUAGCUGUGUUUGUACCAGAUACCACCCCGAGGCUAUAGGGACUGUAGCUGUGUUUGUACCAGAUACCACCCCGAGGCUAUAGGGACUGUAGCUGUGUUUGUACCAGAUACCACCCGAGGCUAUAGGGACUGUAGCUGUGUUUGUACCAGAUACCACCCGAGGCUAUAGGGACUGUAGCUGUGUUUGGGGAGCCAUACCUUUUGCUUAGGGGGCAAGUUGUGAUGUCACAAUAGGAAGAACCACACCUAAAGCCUGCUGGGUGUUCCUGACAAGGUUAGCGGUCACAGUCACACAGAAGGUGAAAACUCAUAACAGUCCAGUGAGGGUGUCAUUGUGUUUUUGGUCUGUUAGAGCAGCACUGUGAUCAGAUAUGCCUGGUAAGAGCCAUGGUUGUGUGUGCACGUGUGGGUGGACUUUGGAUUAAUGUCAGUUAGUGGCCUCAUGCCCUGUGUGUGAUUUGUUUGAGUAACAGCUCAAUUACUUAUGUGUGUGAACUGGGUGAUCUGGUGAAUGUGUGUUCAACUUUGAGUUGUGUGUGUGUGUGUGUGUAAAUGUGCACAGGUGUAUCUGUUUAUUUUGUUUUAUUUAACAUGUAUUUAUCCAGGCGUGUUGUGUGUGUGUGUGUGUGUGUGUGUAGGGUAUAUGUUUGUGUCACGUGAAUUUCUAUCUCUAAUUCACCCUAAGCUUGAAUCAUUACCAGAGGUUGUAAGGCUCUAGUUUUAAUCAUCAAUGAUUCAAGGUCCACAACUCACAAGUCUUAUCUGUAUUUUUAUCCAUGGUGAGAGCUCUGAGGCCAAAACACAAAUCUCCUUUCUUUAUACUUCUUGACAACAAAGACACUAUACUCCUCCCACCUUUCUUAAACAGUUCCCGCCUCCCCCCUUGAAUGGUUAGUAACGCCCCUUCUGUUAGUGGGUUGACACAUGAUAAUUCUAACAUUUAUACUGUGUUUGGGGUGUAAUUCUUUAGUCAUUAUUCUUAGUACACAAAUUCAUCUAUCAAUCCACCCCUUUGACUAAAUAUUCCCACAUUCAGGAUAAAUGUAUUUUACAAGCAUGAUUAAUCUCAGAGAUCACAUCAGAACUAAUAAACAUUUCAUCCAAUUGCGGUCUUUCAGGGUCCAAAUCUUCGUCAUCCACCAAGCCUGGAGGAUUGUUUUUCACAUUCCCCUGGUCAGAGUCCGGAGUCAGUCCAUCUCUCAUCAUUGUUUAGAUACUGCAUUUCACCAACGCCUGACUCACCAAUCCUCGGACACAGGGAACAAGACAACAACCACAUAAUACAAGAAUAUCCAUACAAACAUUGAUCGCUCCUAAGACGGUGGCUGCUAGGGUUUUCCAUUUACCAAAUAUUUCAUCAAACCACCCUAUCCACAAUGUACUAACUUCUGAGUUCAGUUCAUCCUUCACUCAGUGCAGUUAAUUCUGUAAGAGCUCUGGUGACUGUCCCAUCCAGUGUGGUGUUGUUAGGGAUAAAUAUGCAACAAUGGCUUAUCUUUCUAUAGACACCGGCCCUUUCUGCCUGAUCUAGAACCAACCUCUACUAAGUUACGAGCGGGAUGGCGGAUAAUCGCUCAGAGAUCCCCUUACUGCAUCUCUAGUCUUGUCAAUAAAUCGCUGUUGGUUGUAAUAGAUAUAAUUUAUCCAAUCCAUAUUUUUGUUUGUCCCCCACCAGAAACAUUUUGUAGUAAAACUCUCCCAUAUUUGAUUUAUAGCUUUGUAUUCGUCUAGAACACCCCUGGGGAUGCCUAUACCAUCUAUCCAAAUUGGGCUAUUUCAUUCCUGACUUAUUUAUUUUUCUCCUAAUUAUUCUUCCUGUCACUGGUCUUUGAUGACCAAUUCUUACAGGUUGGACCAACAAUACUGGUACACAAGUACCCACCCAUCCCUCUGGUAAUGUCUGCCGAAUGCUCCCUGUUUAGUGCAUGCCCACCACACAUCAGUCAAAGGGAUGGUUAGGUUCCUAAUCUUUUUUCCCUUCCUUCCUUAUCUAAAUCAGUCACAUUAAUUAUCUCCUUACAGCCAUCAAAAUCACCCAAGUUACGGGUGCCAUUUCUAUGUAUGUAACACUGGUAUUCGCCAGGAGUUAAAGUGAAUCUAGGUGGGCUGGCCGAGUAUGUCAAUUUUGCCAGCCCAAUCCCUGUGCAAUUUGGCUCUUUUUGAUUGGACCCCAGGUCUAAUACACAGGGAAACAUCGCCUUUGGCAUUGGGGCGGUCAACAUUGCUGGUCACCCAAUGGAGCAUGCAUAACAAUUUGUCUCCCCCAAGGCCCUAGCGGUGUAUUUCAUCCACUUUAACCAGAGAUUCUCAUCAGGGACCCCCUCCACUUCCCCAUUGUUCCAUUCCUGGAGGAGAAAAUCUUUCAUAGUGGACGGGUUAGUCAAAUUGACUCCGUCAUCCCUUGACUGAUUUACUCGGUCUAUUGUCAUUAAUGGAUUAAUGCCAGUACCUGCUCCCUCUAUAUCUUUUGACUCCAUCAAAUAUAAUCUUAGACAAGUAUCCCGUCCGUAUACGUCCGCACAAGCCCAGUAAGUUCUUUUCAUGUCCUCUUUAGCGACCUUUACUAUUGUUACUACCAUCUCCGUGGGGAUGUCGUUAUACCUUCUUAUCCUCCAUCUGGACGUCCAGCCCCCCCCCGUCUCAUAUCUCCUUCCCCCAGUAUGUCUGAAUACCUGAGCCCAGGAACAAUCCGCUGAGGGGCUGAACAUAAAUACAACGGGAUCUUAUAAUCCCAUGUUGCUUGCUUAUCCGCUCUGAUAAGAUCCCUAAUCAUAAUUUUGAAUCUUACUCCCCACCCUUCUCUGACUCCUAUUUUGUAGAUCACUCGCCCUUGAUGGUCAGUAUGUCGGGUCACUUUCCCUUUAUUUCUUAAUAAUGGUAAGGCCAUAGCGUAAUUGGUGUGAGGUGGUGGUGGAUUUUGACCUACCACGACUAUUGCCGAGACUAUGAUGCAGCUCAGGGUCACCCAUAUUCUCAACAAAAAAAAAACCCAACCCUCUCCUGUCUUGAGUCCUUCUGCUCGGUACCACCCCAUACUCACACCCUAGGAACACACUACAGUGAUGAUAGGUCUGGGUAGGAGAUCUUCGUUGACAGAGAUGACCCCCGCACCCUGUGGCGCAGUUCCGCUCGUCAACUCUGCGUGUGCUAAGCGGUGCUUGUAUGUGGUCUUACCUUCUUGCAGUGGGUAACAUGGACCCAGGUUCCUCUCUCUGCUAUUCUAAUGGCCAAGGUGGUGACCAACAUAACCUGAUAGGGCCCUUCCCAACAGGCCUGCUUCCAGUUUUCCUUCUAGUGACUGGAUGCUCACCAGUCACCUGGUUAGAUAGUGGGUCACCUUCUCCUUUAGUUCACCUGUGGGGCACAAAACCUCUGACAUACGGGUGUGGUUAAUAAACUAUCUUCACACAUGUUCAGAUUAAUGUAACAAUUUCUGACUGCAUUCUCUUUUUAGACUAUCUAAAAAAUGUUUUUUUUUAAAAGUAUUUUGUCCUCUCCUUCGUAUAUUAUCUAAUACAAUUAGCCUCUUCCCCCCUCUUGACACAUAGUUCUGCUUAUGUGUCAAUUUUUUCCACCUUCCUAAACAUUCCCUUAGAUUAUUUAUCAACCAAUUGCCAUGCCUUUCAUUUUUUAGAUUCUUUUUUGCUUCUUUAUUGCUCCUCCCACUUCCUUUCUCUUUAUGGCGGCUAAAUUUGACUUUCAUUCAGUUCAGAAUCAAUUAGUAAUCCAAUCAAACAAUCUCUUAUCUUGUAAAAACACUUAUGUUUAGUUCAACCUCUGUUCUACCCCGGCUCUCCCGGGCUUGACCUGAAGACUGAUUGUUGGACAUGACAAGUCUGUUUUGUAAGUCACUUAAGUCUUCUGUCUAGCAACAAAGAAUAAAAAUCUCUAUGUUCAUGAUUAACCCAGUUAUAUCUAAUAGCCCACCAAAAAACUUCAUCAUCUUUAAAUCACUACCAAUGUCAUAUCCCUCGUUACUCUCUACCAUUUGGGUAACAUCCCUGAUAUAUUUAUUAAAAGCUAAGACUGUUUGGGAAGAGAGCAACAACAUAACCUGUUCUUCCUCCUCAGAGUUCCAAAUGAUUUUACCAUGGGCUGCCAUUGCCUUCCCGUAGAUAAGAUCACUUGAUUUACCCGUAUGCAGUACAUAAUGACGACCUUAGCUUUACAGAAGUCUAUCCUUACCAAAAAGCUCAUCAUUCUUCAUCUAAUUGUUUUCUUAUUUUCCUUAUCUACCUGACCCUAUUGCUAAAUCAAUGAUCUAGGCAAUAGUUGUCUCGCCUUAGAUUGUACAUUCUUCUGAUUACUGCAGCUUAUUCCAUGAAUUUAGUUUCAAAUAUCACCCAAUAAACCGUUCCAUCCCACAGCAUAGUAAACACCACCUAUGAACUGUUGAAAAUUCCCUAAAUUCAACAUAACAACCCUUUAUAAACAUCAUGCUGGGUGUGUUUUUAUUUUAUUUGAAAAACCCAAUUGAAAAAUGACCUAAAUAUGCCUAACCUCAUAAAAUCCCUCAAAAUUCCUAGAGUAUACAAUGAUUAUUUAAUUGAUUACUCUAAAUCUGCUACAUGUGAUCUCAUUCAAAUGAUCCGUUAUCAAUUAUUUGAUCCACCCCCUAGUAAAUCUCUCUCCUCUUCUAUCUUAGAGUUUUACCGAUCCCAGCUAUUUCCCCUAGUGGCCAUUAAAUACUCUGCUCUCGUCUGUUCCUUUUCUUACUCUGUUAGUCUCUGCUUUUCAAGCUCCAGAAACUGUUAUCUCUGUCCCUCAGCCUGCUUGUUUUUCAAACCUAAACAGUCUCCUUCUCUCUUUUUCUUUUAUUCUCUCCCUCUAACUUCCUCUGUCUCUCUAAGUAUGUCUCUGCCUCUCCUUUUUCCCGCCAACCAGAGCCACAAAUCAUUCUCCUCAACUCUCAACCCUCACAGCUCUAUCGCUACUUCCCUCCUAUCAUUACUGAAUCAAUGAUAAUACAUUUACAUUCUAGUCACCCAGCAGACGCUCCUAUCCAGAGCAACCUAGUGAAUACAUUUGUAUUAUUUUUAUCUUUAUUUUUUUUACUGGCCUCCCCCCGUGGGAAUCGAACCCAUAACCCUGGCGUUGCAAACCCCAUGCUCUAUCAACUGAGCUCCAUCCUUGCCGGCCAUUUUCCCCCCUACCCUGGACGACACUGGGCCAAUUGUGCACCGCCCAUGAGUCUCCCGGUCGCUGUCGGCUGCGACAGAGCCUGGAUCCGAACCAGGAUCUCUAGUGGCACAGUUAGCCCUGCGAUGCAGUGCCUUAGACCACUGCGCCACUCAGGAUAAUAAUAACUGCAAUAACUAUCAAUAAUAAUUAUAAUAACUAUUACGAAUUAUAUUGUCCUUUUUCUGAUGUUCAAAUUGUAGUCUAUUCAUUUUAGUUUAAAAUAUAAAGUUGUUUAUAACAAAUCCAGAACCCACCACAGGCUGGCGCUAUUUCCCCAGCACAACAGCCAAUGCCACUUGCUUCCUAACCAAAAUAAAUUAUCGUUUUAAAAUCGUCCAAUUAUUCUGUAUUUUAUGCCUUUCAUUUUCAGUUCGCUAUUCAAUAUCUUUAACAGUUUUCUCUGAUUCGGCCCCAAUCAAUAAAACAAACGCUUGAUAUUAUUUAUCAGCAUACACUUAAUGACAUCCCUACCAUUUGAACGAUGUCCUGUCUCUCACUCCCCCCCUUCCCUGCUCCUUCCUACAUUAUGGGGAGGCGCGGGAAACUUCCCUACAAUUUUCCUUCUUAAGAAAUAAUGUCAUUAGUACUUAUAACAUAUUUUCAUAGCUUUAGUAAUAUUCUAGAUAUGUCUAUCUAAUGCAACUUUUAAUACACGUAAAAAACUCUCUCUCCACCCAUUCCUUUUUGAAUAAGUGCGUCUUCCUAGUUCCCCCAUAACCACGCCUCAAAUCUUUUAUUUAGCAUUUAACCAACCAAAUACUAAGUAGUAUCCGGUUAUCAUUCAUACCCGCCGUUGAAUUUCCUCAUACACACAUAUUCCAUCUUCUGCCAUUCAAAUGCCCAACACGACAGAAUAGUUCCAUGCAAAGCACUAUUGGCUCUUCAAAUCGCUCCGGAUUAGAGCGUCUGCCAACUGACCAAAAACGCAAAUAUUCUCUAUAAUAAUAAUAAUAAUAAUAUGCCAUUUAGCAGACGCUUUUAUCCAAAGCGACUUACAGUCAUGCGUGCAUACAUUUUUUUUAAAUUAUUUUAGAUUUUUUUAUUAGUGGUCCCGGGAAUCGAACCCACUACCUUGGCGUUACAAGCGCCGUGCUCUACCAGCUGAGCUACAGAGGACCACAUCGUUGGACUUAUAUAGGUACCUCUCAAAUAAUCGCUUUGUGGUGUUUUUAGCCAAUUCUAUUCUUAACCUGACUAUCUCCUGUUGUAAAACUUCCCCCUCUUUGUUCUUUGCUGGCCUCUUUACUCUGCCCCCCGUCUUCCCGCCCUUCCAACAUUCCGGCUUGGCCGUCAUAUGGUGGGGGAAGUACGGGGAUCACCCCUAAUCUUCUUUUACACAUGACAACGGUGUCAUCUGGGCUUGCUCUACCAACUCUGGAUAUAACCUCUCUGCUCUUUGCUGUGGGGGGGUCCUGAAACUUCCUUUUUUCUGUAUAUCCCUUUCUCUCUCCUUCGCGCUUCAUAAAGCCAUACCCUCGCUGUUUUUUCAUCUAAUUUUAUAUGCAUCUGCCUACUAACUUUUUUACUUCGAUGCCCAAUAAAUUCAUACCUCUUCUCCCAAAUGGAUCCCUAAAACAUAUUUCUUUCAUCUCCCGUUAAUUAUCGGACUUGUUUAGAAGAUGUCUUUCCCAUCGUGGAACAAUAAGAAAUCCCUCCCCCCCUUUUUGUUUUUUAAAUAAUUCCCUCCCGAAUUAUUUUCGUAGGAGCUAAUCUCUUAGUGCCCCUCUUGCUUUUGUAAUUAACCCUUUAAAAUUAAAAGAGUAAAUUACCCAAUUUUCCUCACGCGACUUUUUUUUUUUCCUCCACCCCUGAAAUAAUAACCACGUCUCCCGAGGGAUUAAGUCUCACACACAUACGACCUUAUCAUCCGUCAAAACUUGUUUGCACAGUUCUAACAAAUGCCCAGUCGCAUAUAUGAACUCCCGACAUAUCCCUCUCAUACGAUGAUAAUCAUUUCCCUGUUUAUACUGAACAUUGCAAUUCGUACAAUGACAAUAUUAACUUAGUUUACAUUUGUGAUUGCAAUUCACUACCAUGUCAUUUCGGACUAGUUUUUUUUUGUAAUAGCUAUUUACCUCUAGGAUCAAUUGCGGACCCUCCCUGUCGUAAUAAUUAUUACCUUCUUUGGUAAAUAAGUUCAACUCAUUUUACCAAAAUCCAUGAAUAAAAAUUACUGACCUUUUCCUUGCAGUCUGGAUUAAAAUGCUUUUUCAAACUUGUUAACGUCUUUAUCGUUCAUAAAGAGUAAUCACCGGCCUGUUUUUUAACCUUAACGUGGAAGGCCAGGACUGUAACGGAUGCUAUCACCCGCCCGUGCACGGUUUCGGUGUCUUCUAGAACGAUAAAGAUGUAUUAAGAUCCGGCUCGAAGGACCAAUCUGUCACGUGAAUUUCUAUCUCUAAUUCACCCUAAGCUUGAAUCAUUACCAGAGGUUGUAAGGCUCUAGUUUUAAUCAUCAAUGAUUCAAGGUCCACAACUCAAAAGUCUUAUCUGUAUUUUUAUCCAUGGUGAGAGCUCUGAGGCCAAAACACAAAUCUCCUUUCUUUAUACUUCUUGACAACAAAGACACUAUACUCCUCCCACCUUUCUUAAACAGUUCCCGCCUCCCCCCUUGAAUGGUUAGUAACGCCCCUUCUGUUAGUGGGUUGACACAUGAUAAUUCUAACAUUUAUACUGUGUUUGGGGUGUAAUUCUUUAGUCAUUAUUCUUAGUACACAAAUUCAUCUAUCAGUUUGUUAGACACCUGUCCUGUUUGGAUGUGUAAUUGUGAGUUGGUAAAAGACCUGUCUGACUCAGGUCUGUGUGUGUGUGUCCAGGCUCGGAUGUGAACAGCAUGGACUCGGUGGACAGUGGCUGCACCAUGGGGGCUAGGGACAGUAGUGGCAGCCCUGCCAUGGCUCUGGGCUCUGAACUCAUCGUUUGGGAGAUUGAGGUGCCAAAGGUGAGCCUGCUCCAUCCCAACACACACACCACAGGGACUUGACUUAUUGACUAGUGUUCUUAUCACAUUCAUUCUAACCCAAUAUCUCCUUGUAAUGUGUUCUUCCGUCUCUGUUCUCUCCCUCUCUCAGCAUCUGGUGGGUCGGUUAAUUGGGAAACAGGGGCGAUAUGUGAGCUUCCUGAAGCAAAGCUCUGGUGCAAAGAUCUACAUCUCCACCCUGCCUUACACUCAAGAGUUCCAGAUCUGCCACAUAGAGGGUGAGUGGGGUAGUCCUCUACAGUCAGAAGGAGCAGAUGAGUCACUUGGUUGUAGAUAGGAUUCCGGAUAGUAUCAUUCAGCUGUUCUAAUUUGUGUGUGUGUCACUACUAGGUUCCCAGCAUCAGGUGGACAAAGCCUUGUCCCUGAUCGGGAAGAAGUUUAAGGAUUUGGACCUGACCAACCUGUAUGCCCCCCCACCUCUGCCGCUCACGCUGCCCUCGCUUCCCUCGCUGCCCAUGACCUCCUGGGUAAGGAUGGUACCUAGAGAGCCUGGAGGGUUGUGCAGGGAUCCUUUCUCUUUCUGUCUCUCUCUUUCUGUCUCUCUCCGUCUCUCAAAUCUGUUCAAACAUGCUUUAUUUGCAUGACAGUUAAGGUGCUGCUAAUUGAUAUAAAGACUUGUCAAAGAAAGUGCUUUAACUUAAAGAAUGAAAUGUUGCCCUUACGGCUUCUAAUUUGAAAGUUGUUAACUUAACUCCGUUUCCUCUCUCAGCUCCUGCUCCCCAGCGGUGUGACCGUGGAGGUGAUCGUAGUGAACAUUGUGUCGGCAGGUCACCUCUUCGUCCAGCAGCACACACACCCUACGUACCACGCCCUACGCAGCCUGGACCAGCAGAUGUUCCUGUGCUACUCCCAGCCAGGGACACCCACCCUGCCCUCGCCUGCUGAGGGUAAGAGACCCCCAAGGAGGGACGUGUGUGUCUGGAUGUUUUUGAACCAGGUGUGUGUGUGAUCCAGACUCGAUGCUCUCUGUCUCAGUGGGGGUGAUCUGUGCGGCGCCGGCGGUAGAGGGAGCCUGGUGGAGAGCCCAAGUCAUCUCCUUCUACAAAGAGACCAACGAGGUUGAGAUCCGAUAUGUGGACUAUGGUGGCUAUGACCGAGUGAAGAUCGACACACUACGGCAAAUAAGGUUGGCCCCCCUCAGACACAUGGCUGGAGGCUGCAAAAACUAUGGAUAGUUGUUGCACGUUUUCAGGGUUGCGGGCACUUUUUUUCUCUCCAAUUCAUGUCUAUUCAGAGAACGUUGUCAGAACUGGACUUCAGAAGAACUGGCAUCUUUCCAUACUUUUUCAAAUCUGUUUUCAUUACAUUUUCCUUAAUUUCUUUCCUAAAUUGACUUGAGUUUAGAUAAAUAGGUAUUCAUUCAACCCUUUUUGUUUGGAAAUUGUGCCCUCCUCUGGUCAAAGUUGUGUAUCAUAUUUAGAGGGAACAGAAUGUUAUGUAAAGCAGGGAUGGUAGGUCUUUCUACACGCUGACUGACUGCUCUUAUGUAAAAUCCUUAUUUUCAGGUCGGACUUCGUAACAUUACCGUUCCAAGGUGCAGAAGUAUUACUGGAUAACAUCGCCCCCCUUCCAGGUAAUAUCAUUUUAUUUAGCUAUUUGACAUGGUAUCACUUUACAAUUGCGAUAGAUGUCUUACUCACGCUCAAGGACGAUCUCCAAAAUCAAGAAACCAAUCCAAUUGAAUGUCAAACUGUUACAAAGUCAUCCUUCCUGUGGAAGGUCGUCAAAUCUGCUGUUGUCAAUUGCGUUAACACAUCUAUAAAUACAUCCAUCCACAGGAGAGAACAGCUUUUCAACCGAGGCCAACUCUGCACUGGAGGAGAUGACGAGAGGGGUAGCACUGCUUGCACAGGUAAACAAAAAUACAGCAUCCAGCUCCAGGCAGCUAGCUGGAAGACACUGCACUGCACUGCACUGUACUGUACUCUACUGCACUGCACUGUACUGUACUGUACUGUACUCUACUGCACUAAUGCACUGUACUGUUGCACUGUAAUGUACUGUACUAUACUGCACUGUACUGUACUCUACGGUAAUGCACUGUACUGUACGCUCCACAGAAGGUAGUUGGUUGUUAACCUGGCUGCUGUUUCCUCUCUUCCAGGUCACAAACUACGACAACAACACUGGUCUCCCAUUGGUCCAGAUGUGGAACAUGGUUGGAGAAGAGGUACAUUCACAUUGAUCAUGGGAUUUGGCAUGAAAAUGUUUGCCUUUUGGAAGUUUAGACAAAAUGUGUAAUUGUAAACAUUUCCACUUUAUUUUACCAGGUAAGACCGAUUUUGAGGUUAAAAACCUAUUUUGCGAGGGCGACCUGGCAAGAAGGCAAAACAGGGAAAUAGCAGCGUGUACAUAAAAUAUUACAGAAAAAUACAAAAUACACAGAAAAGACAGUGUUACAGAUACAAUUGAAGAUUAUAAACAACUGAAGCAAUCACAAACUGUGUUGUUGAUCAGAGUCUUAAAAACAGGCAAGGACACCAACUCACCUAACUUUAAUAUAUUUUGAAGCAUGUUCCAGGAUGAAGGGGCAUUAUGGGAAAAAUAUUGUUUCCCCAUCUCAGUUCUAGCCAUAGGAACAGACAAGGACAGCAGCGAUUGUGAACGAAUACUGUAUUGAGUGACUGAUCUGGUCAGUAAGGAACAGAAAUACAAAGGGAGUUGUCCAAUCAAUGCUUUGUACACAAAAGUGUACCAGUGCUUUAGCCUCCUGGUGGAGAGAGAGGUCCAUUGCACCGUAGCAUACAAAUCACAGUGAUGGGUGAGUGAUCUAGCAUUUGUAAUAAAUCUUAAAGCACCAUGAUGCACUGUGUCCAGAGUUUUUAAGGUACUUGCUGAGGCCUGAAUAUAGACAAUAUCACAUAAUCCAGCACUGAUUAAAAAAACAAGAUCCUUUCUGACUAACAUUGAAAAGCAAGAUUUGUUCCUAAAAUAGAAACCCGACUUUAGCUUCUUGGUCAAGUUAUCAAUGUGCUGUUUAAAAUUCAGCUUUUCAUCUAACCAAAUCCCAAGAUACUUAUAGGAGGUGACCCUAUCAAUUUGCUGGCCUUAUAGUUAAAAUCUGCAAGUGACUAAUCUGUUUACUUUCAGGGAAGAGAACCAUAACAUCAAAAGCCAACUGUAAGUCCAGAAAAGCCUUCUCAAUAUUAGAUGUGCUAGAAUAAAUAAUUGUGUGAUCAGCGUACAGAUGGAGAUUUGCAGAGUCAACAGUCUUCCCUAUAUCGUUUAUAUACAGUGUAAAAAGGAUCGGACCUAAAAUUGCGCUGUGGGGAACUCCUUUUGUAAGCCUUCGAAACUCAGAUUUCAUACCCUCCUGUGCUACACAGUGUUCUGUCAGAAAGGUAGUUUUGGAACCAAUCCAAUGCAUCAACACUUAAACCAACCUUUUUUAGUCUAUACAACAGCAGGGCAUGGUCAACAGUGUCGAAGGCCUUCGAUAAGUCAAUAAAAAGUGAAAUGCAGUGAUUUUUCUUAUCCUGAGCAUCUAGAAUAUCACAACCUUACUUACUGCAGUAAUAGUACUAUGCUUGGCUCUAAAACCUGACUGGAAUGUAGAUCAAACUGAGUUAUUAUAAAGACAGUCUUUCUACUGUGAGUUCACCAGGUUUUCCAAGACUUUUGCCAGUGCAGACAGUUUAGCUAUGGGAAGAUAGUUAUCCAACUGGGAAGGAUCUCCACCCUUAUGUGUAGGCGUGAUGUAGGCUGCUUUCCAGACUUUUGGAAUGGUAUUACUCGGCAAUUAAAUAUUGAAUAUACAGUGGGGGAAAAAAGUAUUUAGUCAGCCACCAAUUGUGCAAGUUCUCCCACUUAAAAAGAUGAGAGAGGCCUGUUAUUUUCAUCAUAGGUACACGUCAACUAUGACAGACAAAUUGAGAGAGAAAAAAUCCAGAAAAUCACAUUGUAGGAUUUUUUAUGAAUUUAUUUGCAAAUUAUGGUGGAAAAUAAGUAUUUGGUCACCUACAAACAAGCAAGAUUUCUGGCUCUCACAGACCUGUAACUUCUUCUUUAAGAGGCUCCUCUGUCCUCCACUCGUUACCUGUAUUAAUGGCACCUGUUUGAACUUGUUAUCAGUAUAAAAGACACCUGUCCACAACCUCAAACAGUCACACUCCAAACUCCACUAUGGCCAAGACCAAAGAGCUGUCAAAGGACACCAGAAACAAAAUUGUAGACCUGCUCCAGGCUGGGAAGACUGAAUCUGCAAUAGGUAAGCAGCUUGGUUUGAAGAAAUCAACUGUGGGAGCAAUUAUUAGGAAAUGGAAGACAUACAAGACCACUGAUAAUCUCCCUCGAUCUGGGGCUCCACGCAAGAUCUCACCCCGUGGGGUCAAAAUGAUCACAAGAACGGUGAGCAAAAAUCCCAGAACCACACGGGGGGACCUAGUGAAUGACCUGCAGAGAGCUGGGACCAAAGUAACAAAGCCUACCAUCAGUAACACACUACGCCGCCAGGGACUCAAAUCCUGCAGUGACAGACGUGUCCCCCUGCUUAAGCCAGUACAUGUCCAGGCCCGUCUGAAGUUUGCUAGAGUGCAUUUGGAUGAUCCAGAAGAGGAUUGGGAGAAUGUCAUAUGGUCAGAUGAAACCAAAAUAGAACUUUUUGGUAAAAACUCAACUCGUCGUGUUUGGAGGACAAAGAAUGCUGAGUUGCAUCCAAAGAACACCAUACCUACUGUGAAGCAUGGGGGUGGAAACAUCAGGCUUUGGGGCUGUUUUUCUGCAAAGGGACCAGGACGACUGAUCCGUUUAAAGGAAAGAAUGAAUGGGGCCAUGUAUCUUGAGAUUUUGAGGGAAAACCUCCUUCCAUCAGCAAGGCAUUGAAGAUUAAACGUGGCUGGGUCUUUCAGCAUGACAAUGAUCCCAAACACCCCGCCCGGGCAACGAAGGAGUGGCUUCGUAAGGAGCAUUUCAAGGUCCUGGAGAGGCCUAGCCAGUCUCCAGAUCUCAACCCCAUAGAAAAUCUUUGGAGGGAGUUGAAAGUCCGUGUUGCCCAGCGACAGCCCCAAAACAUCACUGCUCUAGAGGAGAUCUGCAUGGAGGAAUGGGCCAAAAUACCAGCAACAGUGUGUGAAAACCUUGUGAAGACUUACAGAAAACGUUUGACCUGUGUCAUUGCCAACAAAGGGUAUAUAACAAAGUAUUGAGAAACUUUUGAUAUUGACCAAAUACUUAUUUUCCACCAUAAUUUGCAAAUAAAUUCAUUAAAAAUCCUACAAUGUGAUUUUCUGGAGAGAAAAAAAUCUCUGUCUGUCAUAGUUGAUGUGUACCUAUGAUGAAAAUUACAGGCCUCUCUCAUCUUUUUAAGUGGGAGAACUUGCACAAUUGGUGGCUGACUAAAUACUUUUUUCCCCCACUGUAUGAGUGAGAGGGGCAGCAAGGAUCUCAGCACCAAUUUUUAGAAAAUAAGGGUUCACUUCAUCCGGGCCAGCCACUUUCUUAAUAUCAAUAGAUUUGAGUGCCUUCACAACUUCUGAAAGCUCAAUCUCUAUUAAAUUAAAUCGAUUAACCAUAGGACGGCAUGCGGCAGUUUCAUUCAGUCUCAUUCGAGAUGUUAGGAAGGAGUUCAUAUACUUCUCUAUUUAACAACCCUAGACAUUUCAGAUAAACAUUCCGAUGGCUGGCUAACUACACUCUCGUUAUCAAUUGUUAUUUUACACUAAUCUGAUGAAUCCAUCUUCUAUCUUUCUCUCUGUUUCCAUCCAGCUGGUAUCAGUGAACCGCACACUGGCAGAGCGAGCGUUGGGUACCUGGGUGGACAGCUUUUGAACCUUGCUGCCCCUCCACCCCUCAACCCUUUCUCAGCUCCACCACACCCCUCCUAGACCCCUUCUCACCUAAUCUUUGGAGUCUGUCCCCACCAGCCCUCCAGAAACACCCCAUAACACUUCAAUGGAAGAACACAACCACUGGAUUUGGGAAUAAUUUGUUUUUGUUUGUUGGUUGCUUUUUUUACACCACAUUUAAAAAAGAAAUUAAGAAUGGUUGUAUGCAGAAAAAAGAUAAUGAAGUACUGCUUCAGAAUAAGCCAACUCCCCUCCUCUCCUCCCCCACACACCAAAAUAACUUCAAGAAGGAAAAUAAAGUACUUGUACAUUUUAAAAAGAGAUCUAUAUUGUAACUAAAUAAAGGUCGUUCCGAAUGUUCGUCCUACCUGACGUUUCACUCCACAACUUUACCUGUGGAUUCUCAUCAUGCUGUGGAUGUAUAACUCCACUCAAUAGAAAACAGUGUCAAUGGAGAACUAACCUCACUGUCAGCUGUAACUACAUAUAUACACGUGUAUGGUGACAUCAAAGGAAUUGGGCUUUGAAGACUGGGCUAAGUAUGGGGUUUCUAGAUUAUUGUACGUAGUGCAGUAGCCAGUCCCCAUUUCAUGUGCUGGCAGGCUUUCGGUCUCAUCAUGACAGCCGUGGACAUACAGGCCUGGGGGUCUAAGGAUGGCAUCUGGAUUCAUGGUUGUGACUGACGCCCUCGUCUGUGGAGACCAAAAAAAUUAGAUCUCAGCUUUGUUGCAGCUCACCACAACCACAGUCAAGGAAACGGACGGGAUGGGGGUGAUUCCUGUCUCCGACCCCCUGACCUGGGUGACUGACUGGGAGAAGGUGCAGAACCGGGGUCCCAGGAGUCGUGUGAAGGCCUGCUGAUCUGCCCUGGCCUCUCCAGUCCGUACAACACUGUGGCCUUAUGGAGAAACCAAACGGGCUUCCUUUUCUGGGAUCUCCAACUGACCUGCAAGCAGACCAACCUGACCCCUCCUCUCUCCCCAUGCAAUCGCUAGUUGCCUUCAGCGUCUAUCCAUUGUCCUGCCUGGCAUCUCAGCUGGUGCACCCACCACUACCACCACCACUACAUUUCAGAUCCACUACUGUUGUCUGGCACUGGAGCUGCAGAGUCUGGGACAUGACAUGGGGCUGGCUGUCUGGGACAUGCAACGGAAGGGUAGGGGUGCACUAGCUCCACUCUUUUCCCUCCCCUCCCCCCUCUCGACUGACUCCAGGGGGGCCUCGUGCAGCUGUCUAAGGACUUUGAGAGAGGACACCACCGUGCGGUUAGCAUUGGUGUGUGGAAACACUACAGCCACGGACAGGCCUCUGAUACCUGACCUGGAACUCUUACAGAACGGCUUUGAGUUAACGUAACUUAGCCCUGCUCAGUCGGGAUAGGCCCAGUGCUUAUAUUAAAAUCAGUCUAUCUUCUAAUAUGCAUGUUAACCUGCCCAGGUCUGCGUCCCUCUUAUAGUCUUCACCCUGU